GGAGGCGGGGCCGGCGCGGCCUCUUUGCCGGAGGUGUAAAGCGGCGGCGGGGAGCGCGGCGCUGCCAUGGCCACGAUGCCAGCCGCGACUGCCGCCCGCCGCCCCGCCUCGCCUCACGCCUGAGCCCGCCGCCGGCCAGGGGCCGCGGGCCCAAACACAAGGAUGGAGUGCCAGAAAAUUCUCAAUUUCGGAAACCAGCUCCUUCGCCGGAAAAACGUGGACUGCACUCGAGAAGACAGCCGGCUCUCGCGGUGCCUCAACACGUUCGACUUGGUGGCCUUGGGCGUUGGCAGCACGUUGGGUGCGGGCGUCUAUGUCCUGGCCGGGGCCGUGGCACGGGAAAACGCGGGGCCUGCCAUCGUGAUCUCCUUCUUGAUCGCCGCCUUGGCUUCUGUGCUGGCCGGGCUCUGCUACGGAGAAUUCGGUGCCCGCGUUCCUAAGACGGGAUCAGCUUAUCUGUACAGCUACGUGACCGUGGGCGAGCUGUGGGCCUUCAUUACGGGGUGGAAUUUAAUCCUCUCCUACGUUAUCGGGACCUCCAGCGUGGCCAGAGCCUGGAGCGCGACGUUCGAUGAAAUCAUCGGCCAGCACAUUGAGGAGUUUUGUAGGAAAUACAUGACGAUGGAUGCUCCAGGAGUGCUAGCCAAGUACCCAGACAUCUUCGCUGUGGUGAUAAUCAUCAUCUUAACAGGGCUUUUAAUUUUUGGUGUGAAGGAAUCUGCCCUGGUGAACAAAGUGUUCACCUGCAUCAACAUCCUCGUCCUUGGCUUCGUCAUGGUCUCUGGCUUUGUGAAAGGGUCGCUUAAAAACUGGCAGCUGACUGAAGAAGACAUUUACAACACCAGCCACGGCAUUUCUUGGGACAAUCAUACCCAGGGAGAAAAGCUCUAUGGUGUUGGAGGGUUUAUGCCCUAUGGAUUGAAAGGAGUCCUCUCAGGGGCAGCCACGUGCUUUUAUGCUUUCGUUGGAUUUGACUGUAUUGCUACUACAGGUGAGGAGGUAAAAAACCCUCAGAAGGCCAUUCCCAUCGGCAUCGUGGCGUCUCUGCUCAUCUGCUUCGUGGCUUAUUUUGGUGUGUCAGCUGCCCUGACGCUCAUGAUGCCUUACUACCAGCUGGAUACCAACAGCCCUUUGCCCAAUGCCUUUAAAUAUGUGGGUUGGGAUGGAGCCAAUUAUGCGGUAGCGGUCGGUUCCUUGUGUGCACUUUCUACAAGUCUCCUCGGCUCCAUGUUUCCAAUGCCUCGAAUAAUUUAUGCUAUGGCAGAAGACGGACUUCUCUUUAAGUUUUUGGCCAAAGUCAACGAGAAGAGAAAAACUCCAAUAAUUGCAACGGUGACAUCAGGAGCCAUUGCAGCUGUUAUGGCUUUUCUCUUCGACCUGAAAGACCUCGUGGAUCUCAUGUCUAUCGGGACCCUCCUGGCUUACUCCUUGGUGGCAGCCUGCGUGCUGGUGUUGAGGUAUCAGCCAGAGCAGCCUAAUUUGGCUUACCAGAUGGCUCGAACAACAGAGGAGACAGAUAACAACGAGUCUGUGAGCACCAGCGAGUCGCAGGCUGGGUUUCUGCCAGAGGAAGAGGAGAAAUGUUCCCUCAAAGCCAUACUGUGUCCCCCAAAUUCAGACCCUUCCAAAUUCUCCGGCUCAGUGGUGAACGUCUCGACCUUCAUCAUCGGUUUCCUUAUCGUGGGCAGCUGUAUCUUGACUGCCCUCGAGCCAAGCGUUCUGAUAAAGGCCGUGUGGAUUAUUGCUGCAAUACUGGUUCUCGUUGUCAGCUUCGUUAUAUGGAAACAGCCUGAAAGCAAGACCAAGCUUUCCUUUAAGGUACCUCUUUUGCCCCUUCUUCCUAUUGUGAGUAUUUUUGUGAACGUUUACCUCAUGAUGCAGCUAGACCUUGGCACGUGGAUACGAUUUGCAGUCUGGAUGCUCAUAGGCUUUAUCAUCUACUUCACCUACGGAAUAUGGCACAGCGUGGAAGCCACGUACGCAGCCUCGGCGGACGCGGAGAGAACCAUGGAGGCUGGCUCGGACAGCUGCAAAUGACUGCGCGCUGGGCUCACGGGCACCUGGGGAACCGCUGCAGCCGAGGCAGCUGUGCCAGGGGGGUCCCGAAGCGUUGCCCCCGGUUAAGCAGUAAUGCAGAAACCAGGAAGCACAACGUGGGAAUCCCCGGCCCUGUUGCUGCAGCUUGCAGUUUGCUUCGUAGCGCAGUUAAAAGGGAUGGCAAGGAAAAAAGCCGCACCUCUGGCAUGCUCCCGGCAGCGCUGUCAGCUAACCCGGGGCUAUGCGCUUCCCCUCCUCCCUCUCCUGUUUUUUAUUUUAAUUUUAUUUUUUAUUUUUUAGUGCGUGUAGAAAGAAAACGGCUUCUGUGUGCCAGUUAACCUUAAAUGCUGCUAUGAAACCAGGCCUCCCAAAGGCCCUCCUUUCAGUAGCCCUGGGAAUUACCUCCCCCCAGAUACUCUACCUGAUCAUACACGGAGCAGAUCCGCAAUGCUACUGUCGUGCUUAGACCAGAUCGUUACUUCACCUGAUGCGAGCUGUACCACUUGUGUACGCACAAAAAAAAACAAAAA